UAUGAAUACAAAAAAAUUUUGAGUACAAUAUGUUUAGUGGAUUAUGGUUUUAAAAACUAGAGAAUUUCAAAAAAGCAGAAGAAUUCUAUCUCUACACUUUUGAAAAAAGGCCUGAAGAUCCUAAAAUUUUAAAUGCUCUCUUUAAAUUGAAUAAAAGAUGUAUUAAAAAUAAGAAAAAAGCUCUUGAGUAUGGCUAAAAAUAAAUAAAAAUAUAUUAGAAUAUCAAUUUAUGUUUAGUAAAAAUGCUGAUAUUCGAAAAGUCAUGGAUGCGAUAAUAGGAUAUUGUGAAAUUUUGA